GAUAGAUCGUAUACACUAAUACACAUACGAAAAUAUACGCAAAUUAACAAAUCAGUAAGAGUCAGUAAGACCUAAACAGAUACACUUGAUGUACAAAAGUUAGUUUUCUUUGAAUAAAUUUUACAAAUAUUAAAAAAAAAAAUUAACAAAUCAGAUAUUGACCACUAAGUAAUAAGAGUAAAUACACUGUUGACUUAAUCUAUAAUUUCAAUGUUCUAGAGAGAAAAAUAAGAAGAGGAGAGAGAAGGGGAGAAAGAAUACGCCAUUGAAUUCUGGAAAAGAGGGAGAAACAGAACUUUUGCAACAUCUGUUCACCAUUCACCUUCCACUCGUCUCCUUCCUCUUGGUUCCUCCUUCUAACUUAACCUCUCCUCAAACUAUGGUUGAGUUUAUCUAUAAUGAACGUUCAUUUAGUGGCACUAGAUCUCGCUCUGAACGUUACUAUCAUCAUAAUCUUUUUAUCAAUCCUUUUGAAUCUCCUUCUCCAAAACCCUAGAUCAUGAAUGUGAGUUAUACAAAUGUCACUCUCUUACCAUAAAUAGAAGAUAAAAUAAAGAAAAUCAAAAAUUUGUUGUUUGGAAAACCCAAAUCUCUGAUUGCCCAGCGUCCUUAUAAGCCACUGCUUCGAUCUGCACAACACACAACACACACAAAGCUUCUCUCUCUCUCUCUCUAUUCUCUCUCUUUCUCCAUCACUGAAACCCAAAGCCUAUCCACCAUUUGUUCUUUUUUACUUCCUUUUUACUAGGCAGUUUUUAUCAACCAAUUGAGUUUAAAAAGUAAUGGGUGAAGCUGGUUAUGCUCAUGAUGUGGAAACCAAGGUAUCUGCUCUAAUGGCAAGUGUUGAUCAUCUUCCAAUGUUUGGAUCUGGGUCUGGUCAUGAUAAUGGGUACUUAUCGGCGUCUGUGCCUCUUCUGGGUGUUAACUGGAAGAAGAGAAGGAUGCCUAGGCAGAGACGCUCGUCUUCUUCCUUUAACCUUCUCUAUUUUCCUACUUUGCCUCCCUCUUCCCACGUGCCGACUCAUCUUCCCGCACGUAAAAUAGACACAGGAAAGCUAAGAUUCCUCUUCCAAAAGGAAUUGAAGAACAGUGACGUCAGCUCCCUCCGCCGAAUGAUACUCCCCAAGAAAGCAGCGGAGGCUCACUUGCCGGCGUUAGAAUACAAGGAAGGGAUACCUUUAGAAAUGGAAGAUCUGGAUGGUCUUCACGUUUGGACCUUCAAGUACAGGUUCUGGCCUAACAACAAUAGCAGAAUGUACGUGCUCGAAAACACAGGGGACUUUGUGAGUACUCAUUGUGUGCAGCCUGGUGACUUCAUCAUGUUCUACCAAUAUCUCGACUCUUGCAAUUACGUGAUACAAGCAAAAAAGGCAUAUGAAGAAGAAGAAGAAGAAGACAUAACUAACGUGGAAGAAGAUGACGUUUACACAAACUUAACAAGGAUUGAAAACACUGUGCUUAACGAUCUUCCCCUCCCAGAUUAUAAUCAGCAUUACAACAACAACAACAACGAAAAAUGUUCUUACGUUUACCCCGCCUUCGAUGAUGUCACCGCCACAACCACCAACGCACCUUUCGUUUACGACACGACGGCUCUCAGCUCAAACGACACUCCUCUCGAUUAUUUGGGUGGGCCCGCGACGACGACAUCGACUAACAGUUAUUACUCCGAGUUAGGACCAUUCGAGGGUUUUGGCUCAGUCGAGAAUAUCUCCCUCGAUGACUUCUAAUAAUAAAUCGGAUUUAUCGGUGGACUCGUGAUGGUGAUCAGCCUUUUUUACUAAAAAGUAAAAAGUACAUUUUCAUAUCAUCAAGUCUUGUAUUUUAAAAGUGUUUUAUAUUACAGUUUACAUGAAUAUCAUAUGGGAGUCGUGGAAGUGUGUUUGUAUUUGAUGAAUAAAUGUAAUCAUGUGUCGUGGCUUUACUUAUUAGCCCUUGCCCGACAUAGAAAACAAAACAAAUUAAGUUAUCAUUUUGUGAA